AUGCGUGUAGGUCAAUUAAUAUUCGCAGCGGCUUGUUGCUUACGCUUGGCCGAAGCUAUACCAAAAAUCGUCGAAUAUCACUGGAACUUAGAAGAGCACGAGAUUGCGCCAGAUGGCUUCAAACGCAAGAUGUUUCUUGUCAACGGACAGUUUCCGGGCCCAACGAUUGAAGUUAAUCAUAACGACGUCGUGAGAGUCAUUGUCCGUAACAACUUAGAUGAGCCAACGAGUUUGCACUGGCAUGGAAUGUUUCAGAGGGGUACUCCUUGGAUGGAUGGCGUUCCCGGAAUGACCAAUUGCCCUAUCCCUGCUCAGUCUUCUUACACUUACGAGUUCAAUACCACUGGAAACUGGGGAACAUAUUACUGGCAUUCUCAUCAUAAGGGCCAGCUUGCGGACGGCUUAAUGGGACCACUCAUUAUUCACAAUCCAGAGGAAGACCCACAUGUUGACGACUAUGACGAAGAAUUUGAAGUCACAGUUAGUGACCUGUAUCACAAAGCAUCAGCUUCAGUGGUCAAGAAGUUGCAUUCAAUCCCCGCCUUGGAGGCUGUUCCAGAUAACAUCUUGAUAAACGGAAGAGGAUCAUUCGAUUGUGAUACUUCUAUUCCUCAGUUCAAAUUUGAGCCUGGUAAAAGAUAUCGCCUAAGGCUGAUAAAUGCUGGAGCGAUUUCAAACAUUCGAUUUUCGAUUGAUAACCACAAGUUAACCAUCAUCGAGGCAGAUGGAGUCCCCAUGAAGAAGUACACUGUAGACCGUCUGACACUCCAUGUAGCCCAAAGGUAUUCAGUAAUUGUUGAAGCAAACCAAACUCCUCAAAAUUACUACAUGAGAGCAGAGCUAGAUACUCAGUGCUUCCAUGGUGAAGCAGAGACUUUGGAAGACUAUCCACCAGCUUUGGCUGAAGUCAGCUACAAUGACGGAGAGGACACAUUCGACGGGUCCGUUGCUGCUAAGGAUACAAUGCCACACUGUGCAGACAUGAAUGGAGAAUCUCUUGUCAAUUACUAUCCAGUUGCUGCGCCUCCGUAUGACGAAUCGAUUGUUGUAAGGGUCAGGUUUGGUAAGAACGGUACCAGAUUGAGAGGGUUCCUGAAUAAUCAAACAUACGUACACGAUUCCAGUCGACCUACUAUGAUGAAUUGGUGGAGUGGGCAAAGCAACAUCAAUUCAGUCAAUUUUCUUCAUGUCAUCAAUAAGCCGAAAGUCGUUCAAGUCGUGAUUCAAGGAGGAGUUAACGGCGGAGAGCAUCCCUUCCAUUUGCAUGGGCAUACAUUCAUGAUUGUCGGUACUGGACAGGGAACGUUUGACCCUAAAAAGCAUGAGGCAAAUUUCAAUUACCAUAAUCCAACUCGAAGAGAUGUAGCUGUUCUCCCUAGAAAAGGAUGGAUUGCCAUUAGAUUUAUUGCCGAUAACCCUGGAGUCUGGGCGUUGCAUUGCCACAUGGAUUGGCACUUGGAAGCAGGGCUUUCUAUGCAGUUUCUGAGUCUUCCAGAUGAAAUUAUGAACUUGAAAAUUCCUGAUUCAACGGUUGAUUUAUGCAAAGAUAUACGAUACGCCUCCGCCCGACAUACAAAAGGCGAACUACAAAAGGCUGCGUUUGGUGGUCAAGUAAGUAAGGGUCACCCAGCUAUUGAUCCCGCCACUUCCACAUGGGACGAUGCCACUUGGCUUGAAGCAGGCAACGUUGUUGCAGAUUUGAGAGUAAUGAAGAAACAAAAAGGAGCAUAGCCCUAAAUGAAAGAACAUGAUAUGUAGUUUAUUUUCUGUAUCAUCAUUACAGCUGAUAAAUGCUAAAAUCCCAAAGAUUAACCACU